AGAGAGCGAGCGAGGGAGGAGCAGUGUAUCCAAACAAAACUACUCCCGCGCGCCAUGAACAGCACUCUCUCUAUCCUUUCCUCUCCAUACAUUUCCAAAUUCAACCCCUCCCUGUUCCCUCCUCUUCCUCAAACCCUAGGAUUCUACUGCCUUCAAAACCCCAAACCCAAACCCAAACCGAGAUCAUUCAAUUCAUUUCGACUCCUCUCCUUCUCCAACUCCCCAAACUCUCUCAUUCCGGCGGAGUCGCAACUCUCCGAUGCUGACAACGACGAAGAAGAAGAGUACGAAGAUGACGAAGACGACGACGAAGAGGAGGACGAGGCUGCUGAUGAAUACGACGAUAUUUCGGAGGCAAUCGAAGAAGAAACAGAAACCGAAAUAUCGGUCGAUGCGAGUAGUAGUGAAGUAUCAAAUUGGCGCAAGGAAUCCAAGUGGCAGAGAGUCGAAAAGCUCUGUAACGAAGUCAAAGAGUUUGGAAAUGAAAUUAUUGACGCUAAUGAACUUGCUUCCAUUUACGAUUUCCGCAUCGACAAAUUUCAGCGGUUGGCGAUAGAGGCGUUUUUGAAGGGAUCAUCGGUAGUGGUAUCGGCACCAACAAGCAGUGGAAAGACAUUGAUAGCUGAAGCUGCAGCAGUUGCUACUGUUGCUAGAGGAAGGAGGAUUUUCUACACCACUCCUCUUAAAGCUUUAUCCAACCAGAAAUUUCGUGAUUUUCGGGAAACGUUUGGGGAUGAGAAUGUUGGUCUUCUCACAGGAGAUUCUGCCAUCAAUAAAGAUGCCCAAGUUUUGAUUAUGACAACAGAGAUUUUGCGAAACAUGCUGUAUCAAAGCAUUGGGAUGGUUUCUUCUGGGAGUGGACUUUUCCAUGUUGAUGUGAUUGUUUUGGAUGAAGUUCAUUUUCUAAGUGAUAUAUCUCGUGGUACUGUAUGGGAGGAGAUAAUUAUUUAUUGCCCGAAAGAAGUUCAACUGAUAUGUUUAUCAGCAACAGUCAAGAAUCCAGAUGAGCUGUCUGGAUGGAUUCGUGAGGUUCAUGGUGAAACUGAACUGGUGACAUCAUCAAGGCGUCCAGUUCCAUUGACUUGGCACUUCUCUACCAGGCAUUCUUUGUAUCCUCUUCUUGAUGAGAAAAGAAAGCACAUGAAUAGGAAGCUGUCGCUCAAUUAUCUACAACUUUCUGCUUCAAGAGUUAAAUCUUACAAGGAUGAUGGCUCGAGAAGAAGGAAUUCAAGAAAACAUGGAAGCAACAUGGGCUUUGAUAGUAUUGGUAACAUGUCUGAAGAACCUCUUUCGAAGAAUGAUAUAAGCAGGAUACGCCGUUCACAGGUGCCUCAAGUUGUUGAUACACUAGCACAGCUUAAGGCAAGGGAUAUGCUGCCUGCAAUUUGGUUUAUUUUUAACCGAAGAGGAUGUGAUGCGGCUGUGCAGUACCUUGAAGGUUGCAGGCUCUUAGAUGAAUGUGAGGCAAGUGAGGUUGAACUGGCUUUGAAGAGGUUCAGUGUUCAGAAUCCCGAUGCUGUCAGGGAGACUGCUGUCAAAGGACUUCUAAGAGGGGUUGCUGCGCAUCAUGCAGGAUGUCUCCCUCUAUGGAAAUCUUUUAUUGAGGAACUGUUCCAGAGAGGACUUAUUAAAGUUGUCUUUGCCACAGAAACACUAGCUGCUGGAAUCAACAUGCCUGCUAGGACAGCUGUUAUCUCAUCUCUCAGCAGGAGGAGUAGUAGUGGACGUAUCCCAUUAAGCCCAAACGAGCUUUUUCAAAUGGCUGGGCGAGCUGGUCGUAGAGGCAUUGAUGAAAGGGGCCAUGUUGUGCUGGUUCAGGCUUCCAAUGAAGGUGCGGAAGAGUGCUGCAAGCUUCUAUUUGCUGGACUAGAACCUCUUGUAUCACAGUUUACUGCUUCCUAUGGGAUGGUGCUGAAUCUUCUUGCUGGUGCAAAAAUUACUCGUAGAUCAAAUGAAUCAAAUGAAAUGAAGGUUCUCCAGGCAGGGAGAACUUUGAAAGAAGCCAGGAAACUAGUUGAAAAAAGUUUUGGAACAUAUAUUGGCAGCAAUGUGAUGCUUGCUUCAAAAGAGGAGCUAGCUAAAAUACAGAAAGAGAUUGAAAUGCUGACCUCAGAAACCAGUGAUGAUGCUAUAGAUAGAAAGAGCAGGAAAAUCCUAUCUGAUGGGGCAUUCAAGGAGAUUGCAAUUUUACAAGAACAAUUGAGGGAAGAGAAACGCCUGCGGACUGAAUUACGUAGAAAGAUGGAAACAAAGAGAUUAAAUGCCCUGAAAAUUUUAUUGAAAGAGUUAGGAAAUGAUCGUUUACCCUUUUUGUGCUUGAAAUACAAAGAUUCUGAAGGAGUGGAACAUUCAGUGCCUGCUGUUUAUUUGGGGAAUGCUGAUUCAUUUGAUGGUUCAAAAUUUAAAAACAUGGUUUCUGACAUUGAUUCAUUAGCACAGACUGUUGCAUCCAUUGAGUCAAAUGUAAGUGAAGUUGAAACUCAUAAAGAUGUUGAGCCAUCUUAUCAUGUAGCUCUUGGUUCAGAUAACUCUUGGUAUCUGUUUACAGAAAAAUGGAUCAAAACUGUUUAUAAGACAGGCCUUCCUAAUGUUGCCUUGUCUCUAGGGGAUGAUUUGCCACAUGAAGUUAUGUGGAUGCUUCUUGAUAGGGAGGAGAAGCAGUGGGAAAAGCUUGCUGAAUCUGAACUUGGUGGUUUAUGGUACAUGGAAGGAUCUCUCGAGACAUGGUCGUGGAGCUUAAAUGUGCCUGUUUUAAAUAGUCUCUCUGAGAUUGAUGAGGUGUUACACAUGUCACAAGCUUACCAUGAUGCAGUAGAAAGUUACAAGGAUCAAAGAAACAAAGUUGCACGUUUGAAAAAAAUGAUAGCACGUACUGAAGGCUUUAAAGAAUAUAAGAGGAUCCUAGACUGGAAGAAUUUUACAGAGGAUAAGAUUAAACGCCUCAAGAUGAGAUCAAACCGUUUGAGCGAACGGCUGCAGGAAAUUGAACCAUCUGGCUGGAAAGAAUUCUUAAAGAUCAGCAAUGUUGUACAUGAAAGCAGGGCCUUGGAUAUCAACACACAAGUAAUAUUUCCUCUUGGUGAAACUGCAGCUGCGAUUCGAGGAGAAAAUGAACUGUGGCUUGCAAUGGUUCUUAGAAGUAGAAUCCUUUUGGAUUUGAAACCUGGACAACUUGCAGCUGUCUGUGCUAGUGUAGUUUCUGAAGGGAUCAAAGUUCGUGCCUGGGAAAAUAACAACUACAUCUACGAGCCUUCUUCCGCAGUAAUCAAUGUUAUUAACAUCUUAAAUGAGCAGAGGAGUAACCUUUCGAAGCUUCAAGAAAAACAUGGGGUAGAGAUAACCUGUUGUUUGGAUAGCCAAUUUUCAGGUAUGGUUGAAGCCUGGGCUGCAGGGCUCACUUGGAAGGAGAUGAUGAUGGAUUGUGCAAUGGAUGAUGGGGAUUUAGCUCGCCUCCUACGACGAACAAUUGAUAUAUUGGCUCAGAUUCCUAAAUUACCUGAUAUUGACCCGGUUUUGCAAAGCAAUGCAAAGACAGCAUCCAGCAUCAUGGACCGGCCACCAAUAAGUGAACUGACUGGAUAGGGCUUAUUCCUGGGAGAAACACAUAAAUUCCACAUGCUUGCUCCUUUAAGGUGAACGCUUACCAAGAUAUCUCUUAUUUAAUCUUCAAUACAAUUCUACUCAAGAAUGAUCUACCCUAGCCCUUAGCCAAUACAAAUUAAUGAAAAUCUUAACCGCGUUAUUUUGACGGAUUCUGGAUUCAUGGCAGCAAAUUAGUGACAGACGGUGGUGCAUAUGAAAAUUUCCA